AUGGUUUUUGUAUGUACUACAAGUACUUGCGUUCUACAUGUUCUUUGGAGGAAUCGAAUGCUUCAUUUGAGACAGUGUGAUGACAGUGCCAAAGGGAGCCGCAGCCCAUCCAAGGGCACCACAAAAGUGGAGAAGCCCGAAAAGAGGAUGCCACUGUCAGUGCUUCCCAAAGGUGCAAUUUACUCCUUUCCAUUUGUGCUUGGCUUAGAUAGCUAUGAAUAUGAGUUUGGCCGCAAUGUGGCUCUCAGAGCAACAGGACGAUAUCAGCUUGCAACGGCAGAGCCGCAAGGUUCCAAGCCAAGUAAGAGAAAGAAGGAGAGCGCAGCAAGAUUAGUGCAAGCAGGUGCCCAGGGAAGUACUGCAAUUUUGUGGCGCCAAGUUGCUCAUUCAUCUGAUUCCGGUGCUUUGAAAGUGCGCAAGCGAAGACAAAAACUCACAGAUGACCUACUUCAUGACCUGGUUGUGACCCAUGAAGACCCAAUCGAGUUGGUUCACCAGUGGUUUCGGAUAUUUCAGCACUUUUCAGAUGCCCCUGAUGAAAUAGUGCUUCCAUCCUUGCCAGAACGGCGAGAGGAUGUGUCUCCUCCAAGCCCUCCUUCAUGUGUUGUGUCCACUGCAUCCCGGAUCAGCACAAAAAGCACAAGGAGAUCAAAGGGAUGCGUGGCGCUGUCGCGACCUUGCUCAGCACCGAGCUUGAAACGCCCCGAGAUCGUACGAGUGCUUCGCAGACAGUGCAAAGAUGCAAUUUUGGAAGAAGAGCGAUGUGAGUUGCAGAAGACACGGAAUGUGCUCAAGGAAGCUGGCUUGGCAGGUGUUGGUGCUGGCCAACUAGAUCUUGCGCAUCGCCUCAAAGCUCAAAAUCUCAAUGAUGAGUCCUUCACCGCAUGGUUGGAAAGCUUUAAGUUUAUUUGGAAUUUACAGCAGAACUUCAAUUCGGAACCACAAUCUGGACAGACUGUGAAAACCUCAGCUGCUUCAGGUCAGACUGAGACAGUCCCCAGACGCCUCUCUGCUCGCAAUGUUAGAGACGUCACAUCACGGUACAUGAAGAAGCUUAACAAAAGGGUAUUUGACAUGGGAGUUUGGGAUGUUUUUGCAGAGGAGGGGAAUGUCAGCAGUGCAACAAGCUCUGAAACUGGCACCACAGAAGAUGAAGCGGAAUAUCCAACAAGCUUGAAAGACUUGAACUUGAAUCAAGUCAUGUUGAGGAGCAGUAGCCUGGCAAUGAUGAAAUCCAAGAUCCUCUGGAACAAGGCCAAGGAAGAAGGCAUCAAUAGAUCCAAGUCUGCAUUUGAGGAAAUAGCUCGAGCUCGAGUGGAGAUUUUAAACUCAGUAGCGCCUACUCAAAUGACUUUCAAAAAUUUCAGCUCCUUUCUUGCAAUAUUUGGUGUGCGCCGCCGAGAAACUGUGGAACGUGUUGCCAAGCAUCUCUUUUUGUCUGUGCCUUGUGCAUCCCGAAAAAGAGUCCUGGAGACUGAGCAUGAAGAUGAGAAGGAAGAAGCGUGGCAGCUUCUGACAACCCUUCCAUUUGAAGUAUUCUACCGCUUUGUGAAAGCUUUGAAUCCCGAGCCGUCUCAAGGAAGCUUUCGACAUGUCUCAUCAGAGCUGCUAUGCCGGAUUGUGUUUUGUGCCGUGACUGGUUAUGAGGGAGUAAGCCAUGAUGCUGGAGCAGCUUUGCGGUUUAAAGAUGAUGCCUCGCAGAAGCCUUUGACAAAAGAAAGCGUAUUUCAAUCAGUUCGAAACUUCUUUGAAGAAAAAGGAGCAGGCGAACAAGAAAAGUUGGAACAAGACGUCCAAGGCGUAGCAGAGUUUGUGUUCGCUGCCCUUGCUCGGAGCGAGGCCAGCUUGAGGACCUCUGUCAAAAGUGGCAUCAGCUUCAACGGUUUCCAGAGCUUUGUGCGCCAGAACCAAGAGGUCUACAUUCAACUUCUGUUUCUUCUGUUACCGCUGGCCACCACUGGGGAAAAGUUUGCCGCAGAGGAGAUGCACUUGAUGCAGAAAGGGCUUUACCAUCGCGCGGGGGAGCUGCGUGAAAAGGCAGCCACGAUGGCACGGGAGCUCCAAAAAAGGCAUCUUGCGCAUCUAUUGGCAGAGUUUGUGCAACCGUGGAGAGAGGUAUGCCGACGUAAUUCCAGAAGUGGAAAUGUGACCAGAAAGUCCCAAAGUGCCGCGUAAUUAGAUCGUUGCAUCAUAGCUUUCUCACAACUGCUGAGCCCAACAUGGGCUUGGUCAACUCGCCAAUGCAUUGUGCUGAACUUGCGAAUCUUGCCCUUGAAGAGACUGCCAAAGCACAUGGUGUAGAGCCUAACAUUUUGCAAGGUGUCGCUCAUGAUGCCAUGCUUGGAUCACGGUGGAGAUUGUCCGCUGAAGCCAUUCUUGAGUGGAUCAAGAUCCAGGACUUCGUUGCAGAUGGAAAAGUAUGAAUGCGUUGCAAAAGGGCGGGA